AUGGAGGUUGACAUAUCGAUUCUUGAUGCAAAUGACAACCCUCCAAAGUUUGAACGGGAAAUCUAUGUGGUCACCAUCUUUGAGUUAAUAUCACAAGGCGCUGCAAUAAUUACCAUUACGGCAAGCGAUGAUGACACUGAUGAGAGCAACAGAUUGUUUGAUUUAAAAAUAAUCUCAGUUACUCCUCGACCAUCUGAGACGGAGUUCUACUUAACCCAGGAAAUUCAUACUGGAACGAUUUCAUUUAAAGGGUGUCUGGACCGUCAGAAAGCAGAGAAAUACACCAUUAUAGUGGAGGCCCGGGACCGUGGAGAAAAAAAACAGCUCUCCAGCUCCUGCACCGUCAUAGUCAACAUAGAAGAUGGAAAUAACCACCUUCCUCAAAUCAUUGGACAAACAGGUCAAGGGAGAGUGAAAGAAAGAGAAGAGAGUGUUCUUGUUUCACGUCUGCAAGUUACAGACGAAGACAGCAAAGGUACACCGGCCUGGAGAGCUAAAUAUCAAAUCCAAGGAGACCCAAACAACAACUUCAAAAUCACUACUGAUCCUGAAACAAAUGAGGGACAACUGUAUGUGCAAAAGCAUCUGGACUAUAAAGACGGUCCUUUGAGGAACUUGACUAUCAGUGUGGAGAAUGAGAUCUCCUAUCAAACAUGCAAAGUGGUGAGUCGCAGCACCACUGGCCUUUGGCAAGUAGUAAUUGUUAGUGGUGAGACUGUGACAAAGAAAACACAUCUGUCCACCCGCCAAGUGUCCAUAAUUGUAGAGGAUGUCAAUGAGGCUCCAUACUUCGACACACCUAGCAAACAAAUUACGGUGGUCGAGAAUGUCAAGGUGGGCUGGCAUCUGUGGACAUUUACGGCGAAAGACCCUGACGUCACCAGUGGCAACAUAAUUGUAUACAGAAAAAGCUACGAUCCAGCUGGUUGGAUUACAGUGGACAUCAAGACUGGAAAAAUAACCACAACGAAGAUCAUAGACCGAGAGUCAUCCUAUGUGAAAAACAAUAUCUAUACAGUCACAAUAUGGGCUGUUGACAAUGGUCAACCUCCAAUGACAGGCACCGCAACCCUGAGCAUCCAUAUCACCGAUGAGAAUGACAAUCCUCCAUUCCCGCCUGUAAUAACAAUUGAUAUUUGCCAAUCUGAUGGACUCUCUCGGGCCAACAUCACAGCCAUGGACCCAGAUGAAGACCCUCAUGGUGGACCUUUCACCUUCAAGCUCCAGGGAAAUGUGAAGGGCAAGUGGAAGCUUGACCCUACACGAGGGCAUUCAAUCUACCUGGUAAAAGAGAAGACAGUUGAUUCUGGACAUUAUGAGCUGUUGCUGGAAGUAUUUGAUCUUCAAGGCAUAAGAACCGAACACAACCUGUCAGUUACUGUGUGUAAGUGCGUAGACCCAGCCAGGCCAAACUGUCACAUCCACAAAGCUGUGAUCGGAGGAGGAGCAAUCGGGAUCAUUGCUUUCGUCAUACUACUGCUUGCAGGUAUGCUACUUUUGGCUAUUCUGGUGUCUUGUAAGAGAGACGGUAGACCUGUACAGUUGCCAGACAGAGUUGAAGGUUCCGAACAACAUCUGAUGGUCUGUAACAUUGAGAGACCAGGAACCGACUGCAAGAUGCUGUACGCCCAGCAGGCACCAGGAGAGGAGCUGGGUGAUUAUGCUCCUCAUGUGUAUGCUGAGGAAGGAGACCCAGAGACCAACUUUGAGCUUGAUGCCAUCUCCAUCUCUGACACUCCCUUUGACCCAAACUUGGACCAGGACCUGGAUUACAGGUUCAAUACUCUGGCCUCAGUCUGCAUGCCAAGUGAAAGCCUGCUCACACUACAACAAGACUUAAGACAGCGACUCUGA